AUGAGUGCCAAGCAAUAUGCUCGGCUCGUCCCGAAAAAGCACCGGGCCCAGCGAACUCCUGUGAUCGACCGGCCAAUGCGACCACAAAUGAUCGCUUGGGCUGGACCAUCUGCUUUCUACCCAAACAGGUUCUAUGAGAUCGACAAGUGGUACAAAGGUAGAAUUGACAAGCCUGAGGAAAUUCCGAAAUUCUACACCAUCGAUCCUACGAAUCAUCUGCAUUCUUUGGCUGAUCUUCUGGAAAGAGAGAAGCCGAAGCAUCCCGACAUAAAUAUCGGCUUUGUUCCACGGUCUACGCCCUCCGUUGCGGUGAAGUCUGAUGAGGAUCGGGCAGUGCUAGAACGAAAGUCACGGAAAAUGGAUACUAACGUUGUGAGGCAUUACGGCGUUUUCGAGCACCUGUUUGGGAAAGGAGUUUUCUUCGAGAAUGUACAGAACCUGGAUGUUUCUUUUGGUGACAAUGGUGUCUUUUUUGGGAACACUUUGUCUGCGUCCCUUACAUCGUCAAAACCCCAAGUUAGGAUUGAAUCCGUCAAAGCUGGUGAAUACAACACGUUGAUUAUGUUAAAUCUGGACGGAAAUCCAUAUGAGAAGGAAGGCGAAAUUGUCCAUUGGAUGGUCGCUAACAUAUCUGAUGGAGAAAGCAUAGAGAAUGGAGAUGAGGUGCUCAGUUUAUCACAUAAGUAUUGGUUUUCUGUGAUUCCUUCGUAUCAUGGACAAAGUGACCAAUGGUCUGGACUUCUUUGUUGUUGUAGUGAUUCUCUUGACGGUCGCGUAUUUGUAAUGUCCCAUUUCUACAAAGAGAAUGAGGAUACUAUCACACCGUCGUUUAUAUCGUUCUUCCAGACAUCAUACGACAUUUCUGUAAAAAACCAGUUGCAUGGGAUGGGGUUGAAGUCGCCUCUAUACGAGUACAAGUAUAACGAGCCCUUAAAACCUGAGCAGAAGGAGUUUCCUAAGAAACCACAACCAUUUGAUUUGUACCUUGAUAUGUAUCGAGAUCCGAAGGAAAUAGAACAAGAGUUGCUAGAGGAGCGAUUACGGCGAGCACAACUCGAUGAUUACCAGGUCAGGACGACACCUUACGAAAGAGAUAUCGAUGAUGUAGAAUAUAUAUGA